CCGCCGCCGCCGCCAUUGAAGCGCCGAGGGGCCGCGGGCGAAGGGCGAAGGGAGCGGAGCCGCCGGGCCUGUGCGCGCCGAAGAGCGGGACUAGUUCCGUCCCGUCGCCCCGCUCGCAGCAGCAGCAGCAGCAACCCGGCCGCCGCGCGCGCGCGCGCGCCCCGUCCGGACCUUCCCCGGCAGACGGUGCGCAGCAGCCGGGGAGGCGCCGCCGGGCCCGCUCGCCCCGGCCUCCCGACGCUUCCGAAAACCUGUGGCUAAAUCACAGUUUGCAAGGAUUGAGCAAAGCAGGGAAGUGAUGAAACGGCAAGGAUCCACCGGGUCCCCUCAGGGACGGCGGGAAGAGGCCGAGACCUUGAGCUGUGCCGUUCGGCUGGAAUACAUGGCGGAUGGUUUCCAAGGGGACGGAUCCCAGGAAGGCCAAAGGGAGACUUGCAAGACGAUGCAACAGCGCUGGGAAACCCAGUGGCAGGAGUUCCUGAGGACACUUCAGCCCAGUCAACCAGGGGUAAUAGAUCCCGUCCCGUCGGAAGCCUCCCCCUGGGAGGACCCCAAGGCCUUCCUGGCCUCCUUCGAGCAGGUGGCCCAAGCCUGCCGUUGGCCCCGAGCAGAGUGGGCGGCCCGUCUUCUCCCCGCUUUGAGCGGAGAAGCUGAGGAGGCUUUCCAAAGCUUGGAACCCAGAGAUGGGGAAGACUAUGCCAAAGUGAAGGCCGCCAUUUUGAGAGAGGAAGCCAUCAAGAUGGAGGCGCAACGGCAACACUUCAGACAGUUCUGCUGCCAGGAGACGGAAGACCCCCGGAGGAUCCACAGCCAGCUCCAGGAGCUUUGCCACCAGUGGUUGAGGCCGGAGAGACGCACCAAGGAGCAGAUCCUGGAGCUGCUGAUCCUGGAGCAGUUCCUUGCCAGCCUCCCAUUGGAUCUCCAGAGCUGGAUCCGGGCAGGAGGACCAGACACCUGUUCCCAGGCAGUGGCACUGAUGGAGGAGUUCCUGUUGAACCAGCAGGAGGACGAAACAAGGAAAUGGCAGGAGGUGUGCCUAGGUUCUCUAGAAGUGGAGGAGGAAGAGGAUUUGGACCCUGGAGACGGGCAGAUCUACAAAGAAGACGAGCUGAACAGCAGUGGGGAGACCAGUUUGCUAGACAGUGGAAUUAAAUGCCCGAGUCAUGCUAGUUCGUUGCUUUCUCUGGAAGGACCAGAAAUGAGUGAAACCGAACAAAAUGAAGGGUCAGUGAGCCUCCAAAAGACAGGUGUUCCUCUGCAGACCAUGGAGCAGGACUUGAUCCAGCCAGGACCACGGACUAUAUUCUGGCAAGUCCUGCAGGAGGAAAACGGCAACAUGGAUUGUCUGGGGGUCAAGAACAGAAACUGGAUCAAAAUGGAAACUUCUUUGUGUGGAGGAAGCGAUCCAGAGGAGACAUCCAGGACAGCGGCCCAGAUAAACACAGAGAAUGUGUCAAUGGAGGAUGACGUGCAAAAGGAAGGAUGUGACCGGAGAAGUUGGAUCAAGAUGGAAAAUUCUCAGCGGGGGGAGACGGUGCUGGAAGAAACACCGAGGACUUUAGCAGACAAUUCCCAGUGGACCUUUCCUGCCUCCUCUAAUGUUCAUGGGCUGAGGUGGGAAUUCCCGCUGGAUAAGACGUCAACAAAGGGGAAGAAUGAAUGGUGUGACCUCUCAGAUGAUCUUACCAUGGCUGUGGAGAAGAAUCACACUGUGCAGACUGAAGGGGCAAAGGUCUUGCUGUCCAAGCAUGGACAAAAAUGUGGCUAUAAAUCAGGAUUUGUUGAGAUGCAAGGCAAAUCCUGCACGUGUCCCUCUUUGGAGGAGAAGGCCCAGCAAACACGUUACUCGGAUAAACAUCAGAAGAUCCGUUCAGCUGAGCAAGAAGCUGAAGCCUUAGAGGCGAGGAAAGAGAUCCCGGGAGAUGAUUUGAUGGGGUACCCGAAAAAUCAGCCAGACGAGGAACUUCUUCAGCACUUAAAGGCUGGGAAAGACGGUAAUAACCGGAAGGCGGUAAAAAGAGAUCAAGGCAUUCAGACGGAAGGGAAGCGGUAUCAGUGCGCCCAGUGUGGAAAAUUCUUUCGACACAGACAAACCUUGACAAAACACCAGAAGAUCCACACGGGCGAGAAGCUGCACGAAUGUCUGGCCUGUGGGAAGGGCUUCACCUCGCGAGAACCUCUGCUGAGACAUCAGCGGAUCCACACGGGAGAGAAACCCUACGAAUGUUCCCAGUGCGGGAAAUGUUUUCGGCAGAGAGUCCACUUAAUGUGCCAUCAAAAAACCCACACGGGAGAAAAACCCUUCAAGUGUCCCGAAUGUGGGAGAAAUUUUUCUCGGAGGGAUAAACUGAUCAGGCAUCAGCGCAUCCACAGAGGCCAGCGGUCGUAUGCCCACACCGAACACGGGAAGAGUUUUGAUCCAAAGGCGGCCGUGCUCAAACAUCAGAGUGUCUUUGAAGGCCAAUGACAGACUUUCGGCUUCAUUCUUUUGCAGCCUACAGUAGUGGCCAAAAUUGUGGACACCUUUUGGGAAAAGUGUACAGUAGAAAUGCCACCUUUGGUUAAGUUUCCACCAUUUUUUCUUCUAAUUCCUUUAUAACUGUAGCCUCGUUCACUUA